CCAAAGAAAACAAAAAUGUAAAUAAAAAUACCUAUUUCUGAUUACGGUUCCAAAGUAUUAGAAAUACAUAAAGUAUAUAAUAUGGCGUCGCCCGGAUUCGAACACAACUACACCACGACACCGUUUGCUGUUCACAAAUCAUAUAAAAAUAUUUAGAUAUGUGUAAGAAUCUUUAACCAAUAAUGCCAUACAGCUAUUGGUUGAUUGAAGAUCUUCUCUCUUCAAUUUUGGGCUAAAACCCUUUUCCCCCAAUUUCAGAACCCUUUAGAUACUCAUCUAGAUCUCAAUUUUCAUACACAAUUUGUUGUACAAAUUAUGUCAAAUCUGGAUGUGUCUCUCGAUGAUUUGAUCAAAAGGAACAAAAGUUCCACCAGUCGGAACCCUAGACCAAGAACAACUGGAUCUGCAUCCGGAUCCGGAUUCGGGCCCGGUCCAAGGCGUCGCUUCCCCAACCGUGCCUCCAAUCGUCCGGCACCAUAUUCCGUUCACGCACCGGAGUCUACAUGGGAUCACGACAUGUUUGCGGAGCAUGCCCCGUCGUCUGCCCGAGGGGCUGGGGUAUCCGGGAUUGAGACCGGUAUCAAGCUCCUCAUUUCCAAUUUGGAUUAUGGGGUUUCAAAUGAAGAUAUCAAGGAGCUUUUCUCAGAAGCUGGUGAUAUAAAGCGUUACUCUAUUCAUUAUGACAAGAGUGGAAGAUCAAAGGGAACUGCGGAAGUAAUCUUUUCACGUCGAAGGGAUGCAGAGGCAGCUAUCAAGAGAUACAACAAUGUUCAGCUAGAUGGGAAGCCCAUGAAAAUUGAGUUUGCUGGAACAAAUAUUGCUCCUCCUGCUCUUCCUCCAAUUAGAAAUCGUUUAUAUGGAAAUCCAAAUCCUGCUCCAAGAAGUCAACAAAGAGGUGGUGGAUUUAGACGUCCUCGAGGUGGUGGUAGAGGGAGCAUGAGAAAGGAUGGUGGAAGGGGCAGAGGUCGCGGUGAGAACGUUUCUGCAGAAGAUCUUGAUGCUGAAUUGGAAAAAUAUCACGCAGAAGCAAUGCAGACAAACUGACAUUCUUGAUGUGUAGUAACAUGUGCAAGCAUUGACAGGAUCGAAAAUUAAUCUUUUCAUGAAUUGGUAUAAACGAUUCUUGGAGAAGUCUGAUGCAGAUUCUGGGGAAAAGACUGAAAGGUGCAGAGCCUAUGUACUGCUGGAAAACCUUAAAACUUGUAUGUUAAGAGUGCUUGGUAUUAAUUAUCUUCUUCAGCUUUAAGCAUUUGAUGGUGUAGAACUCUUGCCUUGUAUGCGCUCUGUAUUUUCUUGCUAUUGCUUUGCCUUGUGUUUGUCUUUAUGUAAAACAAAUUGCUGAGAAAUUCCUUACUUUCAAAAA